AUCUGGUCCUAGAACCAGUAGUCUUCAAUUCUGCCCUGUGCACGCAGUCUACACGCCUUCACUCUAGCGGUGGUAGUCCUGGGUGAUCAUUAAAGUCAUAGCCUGAGGUAGAGCAAAGUAAGAGUUCUGGAAGGUUUGGCUGAGCGGUCCUCCACAGCCAGGCGCUGACAGAACAGGGGCUUCUCUCGGAAGAGCCACACAUUCCUGCCCAAGAUCUUCUUCCGCAAGAUGUCUUCCUCUGGGGCCAAGGACAAGCCUGAGCUGCAGUUCCCAUUCCUGCAGGACGAGGAGACAGUGGCCACGCUGCAGGAAUGCAAGACGCUCUUCAUCCUUCGAGGCCUGCCAGGGAGCGGCAAGUCCACACUGGCACGGCUCAUUGUGGACAGGUACCAUGACGGCACGAAGAUGGUGUCUGCUGACACCUACAAGAUCACUCCUGGUGCUCGGGGAGACUUCUCUGAGCAGUACAAGCAGCUGGACGACAACCUGGCUGCCUACUGCCGCCGGAACGUCCGAAUUCUUGUGCUAGAUGAUACCAACCAUGAGCGGGAACGGCUGGAGCAGCUCUUUGAAAUGGCUGACCAGUACCAGUACCAGGUGGUGCUGGUGGAGCCCAAGACAGCGUGGCGGCUGGACUGUGCCCAGCUCAAGGAGAAGAACCAGUGGCAGCUGUCGGCUGAUGAUCUGAAGAAGCUGAAGCCUGGGCUAGAGAAGGACUUCCUGCCGCUCUACUUUGGCUGGUUCCUGACCAAGAAGAGUUCCGAGAGCCUCCACAAAGCUGGCCAGACCUUUCUGUCAGAGCUGGGGAACCACAAGGCUUUCAAGAAGGAGCUCCGACACUUCAUCUCUGGAGAUGAGCCCAGGGAGAAGAUUGAUCUGCUCAGCUACUUUGGAAAGAGACCCCCGGGUAUGCUGCACUGUACAACCAAGUUCUGCAACUACGGGAAGGCGGCUGGGGCAGAUGAGUACGCCCAGCAGGACGUGGUGAAGAAAUCUUACUGCAAGGCCUUCACGCUGACCAUCUCUGCCAUCUUUGUGACACCCAAGACAACUGGCGCACAGGUGGAGCUGAGCGAGCAGGAGCUGCUGUUGUGGCCAAAUGAGGUGGACAAGCUGUCCCCCACCGACAACCUGCCCCCAGGGAGCCGCGCUCACAUCACUCUGGGCUGUGCAGAUGACGUGGAGGCUGUGCAGACGGGCAUUGACCUCCUAGAGAUUGUGCGGCAGAAGAAGGGGGGCAACCGAGGCGAGGAGGUGGGUGACCUGCACCGGGGCAAACUCUACAACUUGGGCAAUGGGCGCUGGAUGCUGAACCUAGCCAAGAAGAUGGAGGUCAGGGCCAUCUUCACUGGCUACUAUGGGAAGGGCACACCUGUGCCUACACAUGGCAGCCAGAAGGGGGGUGCGAUGCAGUCCUGCACCAUCAUUUGAGUGUCUGCCCCACAUGCCCCUCCCUCUAGAAGGGAAGAGGGAGGAGGGAGGAACAUGCCCUCUGCUUGAUCUUUGUUUUCAAAAGUUUUUUUUUUAAAUUCUGUUAACUUACUUGUAACUUCAAAGAAAUGUGUACAAUAACUGCCUCUCUCCCUGUGUACUCUCUUCCCCUCUUUAACGUUCCAGUUGUCAACACAACUACCCUGAAUGGUUGGCACUGUUCAGGAACCUGGACCAAAGUUGAUGGAGCCAGGCUUGGCCAUAGCUGAGCCCUCCUCUAGCCACUGGUGCCUCUAGUGCCCCUCCCUCCAUUCUGGCAGGGGUGCAUAGCACAGCCCUACAGGGAGGUCGCCACAGCUGUGGAAAACUGCUGGUGGGUUUGAGAGGGACUCCCUUGGGCUUUGAUCUUGAUUCUUAAUCAGUACAGCCCCAAGAAGGCUUGAGCGGUUUGUCUCUCCCCUUUGGUCCUAAGUGCCUGUCCCCUCCUCCAUACCAUAACUAGGUAACAGUUUGAUAGCUAAGAAAGAAAACAGCAAAUAGCCAACCCUAGGCUGGCUACUGGUUUUACCCCAGGAAGAGGUGACUGAGGCUAGAGAUGUGACCUUGGUGGGGAGGUCUCAGCCUCACUCAUCCUCCCUGGUGCCUCUGCCUCCUCUAAAGGGGGUUGGUGGGUACCAAGAGCCAAUGGAGUGGGCUCUUGGCUGUUAAGGGGCAAGCUCCUCCCAGUGCUGGGGGGGGCUAGCAAUGCUACAUGUAUUGUGGUCUCUGGGCUGCCUUCCUCUGCUUUCUGCUCAGUAACGGGGCCUUGCUAAUCAGGUUGUCAUUUGACAAAAGUACUUGGGAUUUAAGUUACUAUUCUGACUUGCCCAACUUCAGCAACUUGUAAGACUGGUAAUGAAAUAAAUCAUGUUAAUCCUAGA